AGAUCUCGUUUUUCAAUGCGCAUGCGUACCAUAUUGCAUUUCUCUUUUGAAGUUUUUGUAAUGCGGCCGUGAGUUUCAUGCGGCUGUGUUUAUGUUUGUUGAAUGUCAUGUUAACUUAAAAUUCAUUUGAAUUCACGUAACUUUGUUUAUUCCGUUUUUUGGCUGCUAUUACAUUAAUUUUUAAUGCCGCUCGAUUACAAACCCGUUGUCAAGAUUGGUCUUGACGUUUUUCUACUUCUUGUAGUUGGAUUUCCUAUUUUAAUAUUUCAUCUUCACGGCAAGCCAACCAUAAGGGGAUUUAAUUGUGAUGAUGACAGCAUAAGAUAUCCAUACAAGGAUUCAACAGUAUCCAACACUGUCCUUUAUAUUGUUGGUGUUUUCCUUCCUGUUAUAGUGAUAUGUGUCACAGAAUUUACAAAUGAAGCGAGAUCGAAAAGAGACAGCCGAGGACAUGUAUAUAUACUUUUAGGAAGACCAAUACCUCAUGUGAUAUGGAGUGUUUAUAAAAGAAUUGGUGUGUUUUUAUUUGGUGCUUGCAUGUCUCAACUUACAACAGAUAUAGCAAAAUAUAGUAUAGGCAGGUUGAGACCACAUUUCCUAGAAGUUUGUAAACCAAAUGUUAAUUGUACCCUACGAGAUGCCCAUGAAUAUAUUACUGAUUUUGUGUGUAUGGGAAAUGACCUGAAUGCUAUUCAAGAAUCAAGACUCUCUUUUCCUUCAGGACAUUCUUCAUUUUCAGCUUACACUAUGGUGUUUACUGUGAUAUACCUUCAGGCAUGUAUGAAUUGCAAGGUCAAUAGGCUACUUAAACCCUUCAUUCAAUUCAUCUUAUUAAUGAUGACUUGGUAUACUGCCUUAUCAAGAAUUGCAGAUUACAAACAUCAUUGGAGUGAUGUUAUGAUAGGAUUUCUUCAAGGUGCUUUAGUUGCUGUUAUUGUGACAUUCUUUGUGUCGGAUUUCUUCAGUAAGCACAAAGGAAAAGAUGAAGACAUAACAUUACAAAACAUAGCUAUUGAUACUCCUGUAGCCAAUUACAAUACAAUGGAUAAUAUUACCGAAACUCGAUAAAAGAAAAUUAUCUAAUGCAUUUACCUUGGAAGCAUACUUAAAUUAGAAAAUGAAAUGUUAAAAAUGAAUGUUAAAUAUAAAAUGUUGAAUAAUAAUAUAAAAUGUUAAAUAAAGAAUGUUAAAUAUAUUAGAAAUAUAUAAUUCUUCUAUUAAUAUUGAUUGUUAUUAAUUUAUUUAUAAAAAUUUGAAAAUGUGUUCAAGUGUUAAAGGCAGCAUACUGAUUGUGUAUUUAUUUUUACCACAUUUUAUGUUCAAUUAUUGUGUACAAAUUUUUAUAUUUUGAACUGUUUUAUUUCUUGUUUUAACAUUGCUGGCUCUCUGUUCUAAUAAUCAAAUCAUUUUGAUCAUGAUUUGAUAAACAAAUCAUUUUGAAAAUGCAUUAAUUUUAUUAUAUUGUAUUUAUAUAUUUUGCUGUUAUGCUUCUUAUAAUAUAUUGUGUUGUUUUCUGCUUUGGAUUAGUUGAUAGAUUUUGGUGGAAGUGUGUUGCAAAAGUACAUCCGUCAUUCAUUUAUAGAUUUCUUCGAGAAAAAAAAUGUUAAUAUCUAGUCUGUUUACUCUAUAAACCAUUAGUUUUCAUAUUUAUUAAAUAUAGACAUAUAUAUAUCUAUACAAUACAUAUUUUUUAAAUAUUACUCUAUUUCAUAUUACUAUAUUUUGCAUAACACUACUCAGUUUCUAGUUGAAAGAAUUGACCUAUUUUGCAUACUUUUUAUGUUUGGUGUUAGACUAUUUUCUUUGUUGUUUCUCAAUUUACUGUGCAAUAAUCUAUAUAUGAGUGAUAUUUUGUAUCAUCUUUAUUAGAAAAUGGAAACAUACAUAAAUAAUACACAAAUACAUUGCAAGAACUCUGGUGCUCAAUCUGAACUAAUGGAAAUAAAAACCCAAGUGAUGAGAGAAACACUCAUGCAGCUUUGCAGAGCAAAAAUUAACAAAACAGAAUGAAAUAUAUUAGAUGUAUUUGCAGUUGAUUUAAAAUAAUAAGCAAAAAAUUAUUUUUGAAUUUUUAUAUAUGAAAUAUAUCUUGAAGUUUUUUUAGUUUUAUUAGACAUUAGUAUAGUAAAGAAUACUAAUGCGUAAUCAACCUUGAAUUAUUCUUGUGGAAUUAAUUAAAUGUGCAAUUUCUAAAUGAUAAUGCUUAUUUUUAAUAAAUUACUUGUAUGGAUUACUAAACAUAUUUAAUAUUAACUUUGAUUGAAAUUUUAUUGAAAUGUAUUUGUUAAUCAGCAAUUUAUUUAUAAAUUAUCAUUAAAAUAUAAAAUGAAUGUAAAAUUCUUUUUACUUUUAUAUCAAUGAAAUUUUUUGGAUAAUUAUGUGCUAUUUGUAUUAAUUGAUUAUAAUAGCUAUGCAAGACUUCAAUAAAUCCUUUCUAUUUCUUGAAAUUGCAUCUUAUCUAUGUUUUACAAAGUAUAAUAUAUAUAUAUAAAAGAUGUAAACAUUAUUUUAUGUGAAGCAGGAUGCAGUUUUGAAGACAGUGAAAAGAAUUUUGAUGUCAUGAUGCCGUUUUAUUUCAUUUUAAAGAAGCAGGCAUGUGUACAAGCAAUGAGCACACACACAAC